AUGUUGCUUCGCUACGUAGAGUAUGUUUCCGAAGACGAUGUGAUUGCGGAUAUUGCUAUGAGAACUUCAACGUCCGCUACAACUCUACUUCUAGCAUCAUAUGUUCUGAACAUCGUCCUAUUAACUACUAUUUAUACAAGCAAGAAGUUUCGAACAACACUGAUUUAUGUUGUAUUUGCACACAUAUCACUAGUUAAUCUAUUGGAUCUGUCGUUCUCAGUAAUGAUCUCGUUGCUAUUUGUUGCGAACGGAAACUGGAUAUUCGGCGAUGAAUGGUGCAAGAUAAGCGCUGCCGUGCAAGAGUUAGAUGGCAUAUGUAGAAAUUGCAGAAUACGUAUGGAAGGUCUCAGCAUGGUCUCCAGGGAGCAAGCUGGAUUCUCAUCCAAAGAAACACAGGAUCGUCUAGAAGCCUGCUCCAUGAAAGGAGGGUUAGCUAGCACACGUUACGCGCCGGGAAUUUCGGAUGUGCCUUCAAUAGCUCACCCAAGCGAUUCUUAG